AACGUUGGAAUCUAAAAUGCUUUCUUACUAACUGACAAACCCAAACUUCUCAUUUUCACUCUGGUCACAGAAGAGAAAGCACUCACUUAUUUCACUUGCGAACAACUGUUUUUUGGAAAGAGACUAUCACUCGAGAUACUUCAAAUAUGUACCACUCAUAUGUGAAACCUACGCAGAAAACCUGCAAUGGUUCUGAUCAGACUUUGAGCUUCCCCCGUAUCUCCCAGGUCCCGGGGAUUCUGAGAGCUCAAAGAGCUGACCUGAAGAGUCUGGGUCGUACCAAGCAGGAUGGCAACCAGCUCAAACCAAUUCCAUCGCUUUCCCCAAAAAGAAGCAGUGGCUAUUUUUUGGGAAGGUGUUGGACCCCUCCUUCAGAUGGCUCUGACUUUAAUGUUGAGGACAUUGACAUAAAUCAAAACCCUCUCCUUUACUUUUUACUUCAUCAAGAUGACUCUUUCCAUGAAUCGUACUGUGAUCCUCAUACGGAGCAGUCGCUUGAGGACAUUAUGGAAAGACUGAAACCUAUCAAGCGACGGUGUCAGAGUAGACUCCCAAUACUCGCUAAGCGGAUCAAUGUAAAACCACCUUUGAUGCCAAAGCCUCCAACAGAAGGUCAAUCAAAGAAAACAGGAGCUAGGCCAUGGAGGUUACCACCUAUUGUAAAAUCUGCCACAAGAGCAGGUAAGGAAAUGGAGAGUCAUAACAGCCUCAGGACUGUGAAUGAUAAAAGAGCCCAGCAACUGGACAUUGAAAAACUUGAGAACUCUGAGCAAAAGCCCAUCCGUCCAUCUCGACUCCCAGUUCUAUAUGAAAGAAUUCCUGGGUACGUGCCUUUGCCCCCGAAGCCUAGGAAACUUCCCAUGACUAGAACAACAGCCCGAAUAAGGAAGAUCCUGCCUCCUCUUCACCCUCCUGUCAGAGGAAGAGAUGAGACCAAUGAAAAUGACUGCAGCCUCCAGCCUGCGUAUGAGACAAAGGUUAAAGAAAAACCAGUGUGCUCUAAGAUAGAGUCUUUUCUUCAUCCUGGACUCCCUAUCUUUGCCAAAGAGGCACCCGUUCUCCCACCUUUGGUCCCAAGCCCUCCGACAAACUGUCCGACUAUAAAAAGAGGAGCUCGACAAAGAAGGAUAAUACCUCUUGUUAAGCUGGAUAUAUAUACUGGUGAGGAAAUAAAAAAUCAUUACAGCCUCAGGACUGUAAAUGAUGAAAGGGAUGAGUAACUGGACAUUGAAAAACUGGAGUGCUCUAAGGAAAAGUCCAUCUCGACUCCCACUCCCACCAAAAACCUUCUGUCCUGGAGCCUUUGGAACAUUAAAAUGUGAUUCAUAUUGUGUAUAUGUUGAUGUGUAAAUAAAUGUGUCAACAUA